AUGAAUUCCCAUGACCUAUAUCCCCGAAGCUUGCAUGGUUUGUGGAUGGGAGAUUCGGGAUCAUCUAGUAUCUUCAAAUCGAUAUCGAAACAAUCGGACCAAAUACAAUCGGACCGUCUAUACGCACCACCAUUGGCUGCCUACACGGCAAACUCUCCAGGCCCCGACCCAAUUCAAAUGGAGUUUUUACUUAAUGCCAAGUCAUCUUUUCUGAGCUUGGGGUUGGAGAAAGUGGGACCCUACCUUGUCAAGAAGAAACUCCAAUCGGAGGCAAUCAGAUCGACUGGUUAUUCAACGAUACGCCCCAUUGGCAUCGGCAAAACCAUGGAGGAAUUAGAUUAUGCCAACCCCCAAUAUAGCCGAAUUGAUGAAAGUGGGAUCAAUUUGGGAGCCGAGAACACCAUCGAAGGAGAGUCGAGCACGUUGCCCUUGGUAGGCCUCGGUGCGAUCAACGAUCGGGAAUUGGACUUGGAUGCCGAGAUUCUCGAUGCCGAUGGGAUCAACUCGGAUAAUGAGGAUGAAGGGGAAGAGGAUAUUUUCGAAGAGUCGAUCGAGCGUGACUCUGAGCCAGAGGAGGCGGACUUGAGAGCUAGAGUGCGCCCCAUUGUUGUUCACGACGACGACGACGACGACGACGAUGAGGGUUUCAUGGCUGAUGACGUGGAAUAUCAAGACGACCACAGCUUGGAGUCGGAAACCAAUGCUAGUAUCUUGAUGAACAGCGGUGCUAUUCCCGCGAUAACUUCGGCACAGAUCGGAGGAGCACGACUGUCUUUUACGAAUCCAACUACUGCUGCGUCUGGUCGUACCGGUGACGAACAACAUUACGAUAAUGAAAAUGAAUAUUCCGAACACGAUAUGCUAGUUGAUUGA